CCUGCGCGCGCGCCUCAGCUGUAAUCCUCUCGCGCUGCCGCCGCUCCUCAUUGUUCCUCAGUAUUUCGGCGUUCGGAGCGGAGCAGCAUGUCCGGCACGGGCUUCCAGGGCACGAGGAACAUUCCGCACCUCACGAGUGAGCGGUUGCUGAUUAAAGGAGGACGAGUGGUCAACGAUGACCAGUCGCUUUAUGCUGAUGUUUAUGUGGAGGACGGAGUCAUCAAGCAGGUUGGAGAGAACCUCAUCGUCCCUGGUGGGGUGAGGGUGGUGGAGGCGGAUGGUCGCAUGGUCAUCCCCGGCGGCAUCGACACCAACACCUGUCUGAACAAGGCUUACCUGGGCAGCCCACCUGUGGAUGAUUUUUAUCAGGGAACCAAAGCAGCGCUGGCUGGAGGAACCACGAUGAUCAUUGAUCAUGUGACCCCUCAGCCUGGAACCAGUCUUCUGCAGGCGUUCGAGCAGUGGCAGGAAGUAGCAGACAGGAAGUGCUGCUGUGAUUACUCUCUGCAUGUGGACAUCCCACAGUGGGACGAGGGCGUGAAGGACGAGCUGGAGGUGCUGGUCCAGGAAAAAGGAAUCAACUCAUUCCAGGUGUACAUGGCCUACAAAGACUUGUUCCAAAUGACGGACACCCAGCUCUAUGAGGCUUUUUCAUUUCUGAGGGAUUUGGGCGCGGUGGUGUUGGUACAUGCGGAGAAUGGAGAUCUAAUAGCACAGGAGCAAAAGAAGAUUUUGGAGAUAGGCAUCACUGGCCCAGAGGGUCACCCACUCAGCCGCCCAGAGGAACUGGAGGCGGAGGCUGUGUUUCGGGCCAUCACCAUCGGCAACCGGGUCAACUGCCCUGUCUACAUCACCCGUGUGAUGAGCAAGAGUGCAGCCGACACACUAACCCAGGCACGCAGGAAAGGCUGUGUGGUGUUUGGAGAGCCGCUUACGGCAAGUUUGGCCACCGAUGGUUCGCAUUACUGGAACCGGAACUGGGCGAAAGCGGCGGCAUGCGUGGCCUCACCGCCUCUCAGCCCGGACCCCACCACCCCCCAGCACCUGCACACACUGCUUGCAUGUGGUGAUCUGCAGGUGGUGGGCAGCGGUCACUGCGCAUACAGCACUGCUCAGAAGGCCAUCGGGAAAGAUAACUUCACCCUGAUUCCUGAAGGAACUAACGGAUUGGAGGAGCGGAUGGGCUUUGUCUGGGACCGAGCCGCGGCUUUGGGGAAAAUGGAUGAGAAUCAGUUUGUGGCUGUUACGAGCACCAACGCCGCAAAAAUAUUCAACCUCUACCCUCGCAAGGGCCGGAUCGCCGUCGGGUCCGACGCAGAUAUUGUCAUCUGGGAUCCGGAUCGGAUCAAAACCAUCACUGCCAAACUUCAGCAAUCUGCUCUGGAGUAUAAUAUUUUUGAGGGGAUGGAGUGUAGAGGUGUCCCAGUGUUGGUGGUCAGUCAAGGCCGGGUGGUGUAUGAGGAUGAAAAGCUAAAUGUCCAGCAGGGAACCGGACGCUUCAUCCCAAGGAAACCAUUCCCGGACCAUGCCUACCAGCGCAUCAACACCCGAAACAAGGUGACUGGCAGGCAGGCGGUGUCUCGAGGUGUGUAUGACGGUCCUGUGUAUGAUGUACCGCCCACGCCUAAAUACAUAACCCCCGCCACCUCCGCCAAGACCUCUCCCACCACCCAGCAGCCUCCACCAAUCAGAAACCUGCACCAGUCCAACUUCAGCCUGUCAGGAGCGCAAGUGGAUGAUAACGUUCCCCGACGUUCCGGCCAUCGUAUCAUAGCGCCCCCUGGUGGCCGUUCCAACAUCACCAGCCUCGGCUGAGUCUGAGGCCUUAAACGACACAGUCUCUCGUUCUGAAUGUCUUUUCUGUUCACCCUCUUUAAAUUGUGUACAAUCCUCUGCAGCACAAUCACUGUGUAGGUCAUCAUCACCGUGGAAAUGGAGACGCCCCCGUCCAUGUGGUUUGAUGUAUAAAGUGUUAUAUAGUGUCUAAUUAUGGUCCUAAAGCCGCGGGGAACCCGACGGCCUGCUGUUACUGAUGUUUCUGCAAACUGGUGCUCCCUCUAGUGGACAACUGCACAAUUAGCGGUCACACUACAGGACAUUUUUAUUUAUUUAUUGACUUAUUUAUUUAUUUAUUUAUUUAUUGAUUAAUUUACUCGUAAGAUAAAGGUACAGAAGCCCAUUCCAGCUUGUGGAGGAGUAAAAAUAGCUCUUUCUGUCGAAAUAUUGACAUAAUAUCUCAAAACAGUGACUUGUUAACCUGCAAGUUUCUCUCCUCUAGCUUGCAGGAGCGAGUCCCAUAUGAAGUAAAUAUUAUUGAGUGCAGUUUUUUUUAUGUCUGUGACCUUCUGGUCAUUUUCACUCAGUGAAACUUUCACCCACUGUGUUCUCUGUGCACUGAAAUAUUCUGCAAUAUGAAUUAAUAUUACUUAUUAAUCAUAAUUGAUAAUUAUAGAUAAUAAUUAAUGUCAGAACAAGUCUUAGUGUGGUUGGAGCUGGCAAUGCACUGCAUGAAUCCACGUUUAGAUGGCGAAUUUUUCCUACUGAUAUAUUUAUGCAUUAAUUCACUCGGUAAUCUGUUUAUAUUCUGAUUUGAUGAUGGUCGUGUGGUGAGUUCAGUAUUGUUACAGUGUUGUUCAGUAGAGUUGCACUAACUGUGUAACUGUGGAUGUGUACUGUAAUGGAAACAGCGCCCCCUUCCUGUUAAACUCUCCACUUCCUGUUAAACACUCAGCACUUCCUGUACUAGACUGUAUUAUCUUCUAUUCCUUUUCUACUUUAACUGUAUUUACGUUGAAUCUGUUUUGCAUUAAUACACCAUCGUACGUCACCACAGGUCUAGAACAGCUGUUCUUAAUCAACAGUCUCAGAACACUGUAAAGCUAAUGCUAACUCUAGGUUAAUAGAAUUCACAACAGACUGCUGUGUAAGUGUCAGUGGUGAACUGUGACUGUUUGGUCUUCAGUUUGGGCCAGAAAUGUCAAACCGCCCUCUAUGAUGAUGCUAAUUUCUGCUAGCACCCCAGUGGGAUUUUAGUAGUAUGUUAGCGCUAAGCUAAUGGCAAUCACAUCAACAUUGUUUGGCCUAGACUAAUCAUAAACAAUUAAAGCUUGUAAAAGUAAUUUUAUAUGUUUUAUCUGAAGUGUGUAACAUACAUUAUCAUAUAUCUGAGCUUGUAUGUAUCAGUGAUGACUCUUUCCUGAUAUAGAGCUGCUGCCACUGUUUUCCAUUCCUAACAACCACCCGAAACACUACUUAGAUUAUGCCUCAUAUUCGCAGUCUAUCUAGAACCUUCAGAAAUACUAGAGUGAUGUUUUUUAGUUUUGCCCGUCAUGAAUCAAAGCUCGAUUGGCUGAUUUGCUUCUUAAUCAUGUCGGUUCUUAGUCUAAGUCCUUCAGUCCAGCUCCUGAAGUCCUAACCAAUGGGAGAGCUCGCUCGGCUGAAUGUACCUAGAUACCACAGAGAAAACAGUGCUGAUUGGAUAAUUGUCUGUUGGGCAUUUCAAGAUUUUAUUUACAUCCAGAGCGUAAUGUUGAAAUUAAAGCAUUACUACCCAACUCAAUCUUUGUUGAGAUGCCAUAGAAGAACCUCUUUAGGUUCUUUCAAAACCCUUUCAAUAGGAGGAUCUUUAAAGAACCAUCUUUGUACAUGAGGUGUGCUAGUGUGACAAACCUGUUUCAAGUUUAAACAACCUCCACAUAAUGUAUAUGUUCUAAAACGUUCUUUGAACUGUAUGUCUGAGCCAAGAACCUUCACACUGUUAUGGUUCCUGCACAGUUUAUUCCUCAGCCUGAUACUGAGAGAAAUGUUCAGCACUUCUUAAAUUCAGUGUUACUCCAGGAUGGUUUAGAGAAUAAUUUAAUAAAGGAAAUAUUGGUGUGAUAUUAUUGAUUAUGUGAUGGUGUGGUUUGUGUUCAUAAUGUGAGUGUUGGAGUUCUGCACUGAUCUGAUAAUAAAACAUUAUAAAAACAGUAUUAAAACACAUUAAACUCAUUAUAUAUCAUUACAUUCCUCGCAGACACAAAUCUAAAAUGUUCUAGCUUUAUAUCUACUUAGAAAUGAGGCUAUAUAAAAACAUUAUUAGUCUGAGUCUUGUGGGGACGCUGGCUUCUCGUUUUAUCUUUGUUUUGUGCCGGACUCUGAAGAUUCUACUGACCACUGCAAUAAAUUCACUUCGUGAUUGUGAAAUAAACUCCUUAAGAAUU